AUGUCGGCUUCCGGGGAGAAUCUGGACCUGAAUUUGAGCCUGAAUCUGGCCGUUUCCAGAAUGCAUCUGGAGAGUCAGUCUCAGUCUCGCUCGCCGGCGGCCCUCAGCCGUCGUGGGAUUUUUCCGCCGCCGUCUGUCCCGAGCAGCUCGUGCAAAUUCGAUCCCGGCUGUAGCAAUGGCGCUGGCGGCAGUCAGCCGCGCAAGCCGCUGCCGGAGCCUCAGUGGGCGACUCAAAAUCACGCGCCAAAUGUUGAGGUUAAGGUCCGUGGAAAUGCAAUUCCCGACGUUCCUAUACAACCGAAUGCACUGAACAAUCUUUCUAUGGGAUUUCAAUCUUGCAUGGGAAGUAGACGUGUCACUAAACCUAAGUCAGAACAAGUUGAUAACUUUAGUCUAGCUGCCUGUCGGUAUGACAGCUCUUUAGGCUUGUUGACAAAGAAAUUUAUCAGACUAAUACAGGAAGCUAAGGAUGGAACGCUUGAUCUAAACAGAACAGUGGAUGUUUUGGAGGUCCAGAAGAGGAGAAUUUAUGACAUUACAAAUGUUCUCGAAGGAAUCGGUUUGAUAGAAAAGACGGCUAAGAAUCACAUACGUUGGAAGUAUGUUAACUGUCCUCUUUUUGAUUUGCUGACAAUUGAUCUGUCACUCAGGGAUAAACUGGAGAGCUUAAGGGAACUGAUGUUAAACCAUGAUUGUCAGAAAAACCUUUUCUUGACCGAGGAAGAUAUAAUGAGCCUUCCACAACUCAAGAACCAAACUGUCAUUGCAAUCGAAGCUCCUCGUGCAAGCUUUAUUGAAGUGCCGGAUCCUGAUUCGGACAUUGGCUUUAGUCAGAAGCAGUAUAGACUUAUUGUAAGAAGCACCACUGGACCAAUCGGUGUAUAUCUUCUGAGCAAAAAUGAAAAGAAAAGCAAGGACAUAUCCAUCAAGCGAACAAAACUAUUGGACUCGAUGGAAUUGGCCGAUAGCAGUAAGGUUGAUGGUGAGGAUCAUUCUCCGAGUCCCGAUACUUUAACAAACUCAGACUCAUAUGGACCCCAAAAAAUAGUCCCGAUGGAUAUUGGCGUCGACGAUGAUUACUGGUUGAGGUCAGAUCACGAGGUGCGUACGUCAGAUUUGUGGAGUUGA